AGAGUGACCAAAGAACGAGAUUUGGCUGUAAAGGGAAAACACCAGCUCCAAGCCAAGCUGGAGAACUUAGAGCAGGUCCUAAAGCAUAUGCGAGAGGCUGCUGAACGGCGGCAACAGCUGGAGUUGGAGCAUGAGCAAGCCUUGGCUGUUCUCAACGCCAAACAGCAGGAAAUUGAACUCCUGCAGAAGGCUCAGGUUGAAGCUAAGAAGGAACAUGAAGGAGCAGUUCAAUUGCUAGAGGCUAAGGUCCGAGAGCUAGAGGAGAAAUGCCGGACGCAGAGCGAGCAGUUUAACCUCUUAUCCAGAGAGCUGGAGAAGUUCCGACAGCAGGCAGGGAAGAUUGAUCUCCUGAGCAGUAACUCGGUGGCAUCCUCAGAUAUCUCUGGUUCUCCCGGUAAAUCUUUAUCCCAGUUAAUGAAUGGAAUAGCCACUUCUAUAGGCAAAGGUCAUGAAAGUCCUUCUGGAAGUCGUUGUGUGAUUUCAGAGUUUAUACGACCCCUUCAAAUAUCUGGAGACAAACCAGAACAAUUGUCUGUCAAACCUACAUUCCUGUCCAAGUCAAGAUCUGGUACCCCAAGAUGCAGAUUUGAUUCAGACAUGGAUAAUGAUCAGAAUUCCAAUACCUCAAAGCAGAGAUAUUCUGGGAAAGUCCAUCUUUGCAUUGCCCGAUAUAGUUAUAACCCUUUUGAUGGACCAAAUGAAAAUCCAGAAGCAGAGCUCCCCCUUACGGCAGGAAAGUACCUUUAUGUGUAUGGAGAUAUGGAUGAAGAUGGCUUUUAUGAAGGAGAACUUCUAGAUGGACAAAGAGGACUAGUCCCUUCAAACUUUGUGGAUUUUGUUCAAGACAAUGAGACCCGGUUAUCAAGCACAUUAAGCAGUGAACAAGAUCAGAAUUUUAUCAACCAUUCGGGUCCUGUUUUGGAAGGAGAUCUCUUGGAGAUAAGUCCACCAAGUCAUGUAGACUCUAGCAUAAUCAGCAAUGGCGCAGGGACUCUGGAUGUGAACAUUGAUGAAAUUGGAGAAGACAUUGUGCCUUAUCCUAGAAAAAUCACCCUUAUUAAACAACUAGCCAAAAGUGUAAUUGUGGGCUGGGAGCCACCGGUAGUGCCACCCGGAUGGGGAACCAUUAGCAGCUACAAUGUUCUGGUUGACAAAGAAGUACGGAUGAACGUAGCCUUGGGAAGCAGAACGAAAGCUCUUAUAGAAAAGCUUAACAUUUCUACUUGUACAUACCGAAUAUCAGUUCAGAGCAUCACAAACAAGGGUAACUCAGAUGAACUGCAGUGCACUUUGUUGGUUGGGAAGGAUGUCAUAGUGGCCCCCUCUAAUCUUAAAGUGGACAACAUCACCCAGAUUUCUGCUGAGCUGUCCUGGCUCCCUACAAAUAGUAAUUACAGUCAUGUGAUCUUUCUUAAUGAAGAAGAAUUUGACAUUGUCAAGGCUGCUAGCUACAAGUACCAUUUUUUUAAUUUGAAGCCCAAUAUGGCCUACAAGGUGAAGGUCAUGGCAAAGCCCCAUCAGAUGCCCUGGCAGCUUCCCCUGGAACAGCGAGAAAAAAAGGAGGCCUUUGUGGAAUUUUCUACAUUGCCAGCAGGUCCUCCAGCUCCACCUCAAGAUGUUACUGUACGGGCUGGGUCCACCCCAGCAACCAUACAGGUGUCCUGGAAACCACCAACUCUGACAGCAACAGGGACCUCCCAUGGGGCCAAUGUCACAGGCUACGGUGUUUAUGCAAAAGGUCAACGGGUGGCAGAGGUGAUCUUUCCAACAGCAGAGAGCACAUUGGUGGAGCUAAUGAGACUAAGGAGUUUGGAAGCAAAGGAAGUUACAGUUCGAACACUCUCUGCACAAGGGGAAUCAGUGGAUUCUUCUGUUGCUGCCGUUCCAUCUGACCUACUGGUCCCUCCAACCCCUCACCCUAGAACUGCUCCCAAAUCUAAGCCAUUAGCAAGUGCCGGAGCCCCAGAAACCAAAGAAGAACAUUUAGGUCCACAUUUAAAAAUGGAUGAGUCAUGGGAGCAGACUCGUUCGGCAUCCCCUGUUCAUGGACAUAUGCUUGAGCCACCGGUUCCCAACUUCCACAGCCCAAUCCAGGGGAGGAGGUCUCCAUCACCUAACCGAAUACUCCCUCAACCUCAAGGCACGCCUGUCCCAAAUACUGUUGCAAAAGCCAUGGCAAGAGAAGCUGCACAACGAGUUGCAGAGAGCAGUAGGAUGGAGAGGAGGAGUGUUUUUAGUGAAAGGAGUAACGUAGCCCAGUAUGCCAACUCAGAUGAGGAGGAGGAUGGCUAUGAUUCUCCCAAUGUCAAAAGAAAGGGGGCUUCAGUUGAUGAUUUCCUGAAAGGGUCAGAACUUGGAAAGCAACCUCACUAUUGCCAUGGUGAAGAGUACCAUACAGAGAGCAGCAGAGGUUCCGAUUUGUCUGAUAUUAUGGAAGAAGAUGAGGAAGAGCUGUACUCAGAAAUGCAGCUGGAGGAUGGAGGAAGGCGGAGAGUCAGCGUGACUUCACACAAUGCACUUAAGCUUUUAGGUAAUCCAUCAUCUGCAGGACGGCCUGAAAGGGUGGAGCAUGCAGGGCGAAGGUCCUCUCAUGGCAGUGCAGUGCCACAAAGGUCUCGACCAAUGUUGGUCCCUUCCAUUGAAAUUACAAUGGACAGUAACAGUGAAGGCGGUCGGUCUCGGUCAGGUAGUGAGGGAAAUAUUUCACCUGUAAAAGAAGAAGCUUAUUAUCGCAGCAUUGGUGGACACAAGAAAUGGCCUCAGCAGCGUACCAUGGCCUCUGAAUCUAGAUACGACGGCUAUGGUGGUCAUGACCAUCUUUCUCCAGAUAUUUAUGAAGAAUCAGAAACAGAUCCUGGCACAGAAGAUCUUUCUACUCGAAUAUUUGUUGCACUCUUUGACUACGAUCCACUGACAAUGUCCCCAAAUCCUGAUGCUGCAGAAGAGGAGCUGCCAUUUAAAGAAGGACAAAUCAUUAAGGUUUAUGGGGACAAAGACGCUGAUGGAUUCUAUCGUGGAGAAACCUGUACAAGGAUUGGCCUUAUUCCAUGUAAUAUGGUCUCUGAGAUCCAAGCAGAUGAUGAAGAGAUGAUGGAUCAGCUCCUAAAACAAGGCUUUCUUCCUUUGAACACACCAGUGGAGAAAAUCGCAGAGAGAAACAGGCGGAGCGGCAGGCAGCCUUCCACGCGGAGGAUGGUGGCGCUGUACGAUUACGAUCCCAGGGAAAGCUCUCCCAACGUUGAUGUAGAGGCGGAGCUGACUUUCUGCACAGGAGACAUCAUUACUGUCUUUGGCGAAAUUGAUGAAGAUGGGUUUUACUACGGAGAACUUAACGGACAAAAGGGGCUGGUUCCUUCCAACUUCCUUGAAGAAGUGCCUGAUGAUGUGGAAGUGUUUCUGUCUGAUGCGCCCUCGCGCUACGCUCAUGACACACCGAUGCGUACAAAAGCAAAAAGGAAGAAGAGUGUUCAUUUCACACCUUAAUAAGGCAAUGUAGCCUUCACGUAAGUGAGCAACUGAAGAUACCAAUAGAGAUUUCAGUUAAGCUACCUGGCUCUCUAAUGCAAGUCUUGAAACUUAAUUGUGGGGAGAAAGAAAAGAAAUAUGUCUCCAAACCCCUUGGCCACAGAAGAACAGGCUCUACACUUGCACUGUACCUGGUCAAGUCAAUCUAGUUUCUGUAGGAGACAAAUCCUUUCAGAAGGAAUCCUUAGUCAAUUAGAUCUCUCUUGAUGAAGGUCAGCGUUUGGAACAUAUUUCUUCCCAAGCUAAAUGUUUCUGUUUCCAUAGAAAGGCGCGUUUGGUGUCUAACUGCCCUACAAACCACAGCUGCAUAUUGCAUUGUUAGCCAAGCCGGGAGGGAGAAACAUCAAGCUCCUGUGUGGAGAGAAAAGCACAAGCCCCCCAACCCUUACCGAGCACACAGAUGAGCCAUAAGCCAACACGUGCAGUAGCUGCCGAGGGUAUAGUUGGUUUUGAAACUCAUUACACUCAAAUCUAGCUACUUAAAUUGUCUGCCUUAAAAUGUGUUUUCCAUAAUCGAUUAUACCCCAGUUUGCCUAAGGCCAACGAUUCAGCAAUUCCGAAACCAUCCCCUCACGUGGUACAGUGUACCCAGAGCUUUCCCAGAAGAGCACGUUUGAAAUAUCGGCAACUGUUUGGUUUACCAAUGCAAUAAACGUCUGGUAUGGAACAUGCAGCUCACUGGAUGAAUGCAUUAGACUAAACAUAUGGUAUCUUCAGGUGUACGUUGGGGUGCUUUACCAAGUUGGUUUUUUUUCAUUAGAAUUAGACCUUGAUUUAAAAUCAAAGUAGGCUUGAAGCCCCUUUGCUUAUCUCACUGUUGCACACGCAGCCAGUAAAUUGUAGUGUUUUAACUUGAACUACAAGCUAGCAGGGGUCCCCUUGGCAUGGAUUCUACUGUGCAAAUAGCAUCUGAAUUGGUAGUAGCGCAUUUUGCCAGCCGGGCACUGUAGUUUAGGGUAGGCUGAGUAUGAGCAAUUUCAGCAUUUUCAUUCAAGUGCUUUUGAUGAUUUAAAAAACAAGCAAAAAAUAACAAAAAAAACCAAACUAGCUGUUUAAAAUGUUUAGGAAUGCUGUCAUCUAACUAUCGUACAAAUGUUCACCUUCAUUCAGCAACCUCAUAGCUGCAGCACACACAUCAAGCAGCCAGGGUCUUUAAGCUUUCUUUGAUUGCAAUUAAGGUUCAUUUUAGCUUUUGCUUUUUCUUUUUCCUUUUUUUUUUCUUUUGUUUUCUUUCAAGCCAGUGUGCCAUCUUCUCAAAUCUGUACAGAAAGUUUGCGAGCCAAUUUUAAAGAAAAGGCAUUUAAAACAAGUAAUCAUGAGCAUUUUAAGUAAUUUCCUCUGAAACAGUUUGGCUUCUAUGGACUGCUAAUCUGUAAUAAUUGAAAUACUUCUCUUAACUCCCUAGCUAAAAGUACCCCUCUUCAUUUCUGUACUAUCAGAGUACUGAAAUGCAAAACCAAAACCGGUUUUAUGGCUUUUAUAGCCAGAAUUAUGGCAAAAGGAGUGUCUCCAACUCCUCAUUUAAAGAUGUGUAACCAAACCAGGGCUCUUGGAGUGUUUCCUAUCGUCUGUACGUCCUCUCAAAACGUGUCUUUUCUGUAAGCCUGUACAGUGUUUUAAGCCACAAAGACGAAAGGAACCAGCCCUUUGUUUAAGCGGGUGAUGGGACAAGGGAUGUUACCAACGUUCUUGAUGAUAACAGCUUUUAAGCUUUCAAACAUUCAAUAAAUUAUAACAAUGUACCUAAUAGGUUCCUCCUGAGAAUACAGGUACAUCACGGAGAGCACCAUCCCCCACAGUCCAUCUCCAUUCUGGGUCACCUACGUCACCUAUGGGUUCUGGUAGUCCCGGGAGAGGCAGGGAUAUGUCCUCGAAAAAGAAAAAGGGGCUGCUUUCCAAAGGCAAGAAACUGCUGAAAAAGCUGGGUGCAGUGAAAUGAGUCAUGUUCUCCUGGACAACUUGUAAAGCUUCCAGUCUGUGUAUUUAUUUUUUUCUUUAAACGUCAAAACUAGGGCUUUCAUGACUAUGCAGUGCAACUUCCCUAAACCUUUGCGUUUUUAACUCUGACAUCAAUACAAACAUGGGAAUUGCUUAAUCAAAACAGCAAGAAAAAAGGAAGUGGAUUAUUUGUUGCAAAUAUUUUUUUCUUUAAAACAAAAUUGACUAAAAUUCUGGGGGAUUAAGACCAGAAGAACGUGGUUUUACUUGAAGUCAACUUCACACCUGCAACUCCACUGGAUAAAUCUCAGCCUUUAGUCUCCUUUAACCACGAGUGGGGCAAGAAACCUCUCUGUUCAUUGACUCCAAGUGCAGAGAGAUCACUCCACUGCAUCUAAUCUUUAUCACUAACAAAAAUGGUCUUGAAACUCCUAGUUUAAUCAGCCUUGAUGUUUUGCCUUAUUAAUGCACAAUGAUUUGUACUGUCUAAUAAAUAUACAGCGUAUACUUUGUAUGUACUGUGUAUUCAGCUGUCUUCAUCUUCCCUCAAACAUGGUAAUUUAAGAUCAAGUACUAUGUUACUGACUCCAUCCACUGUCUGAUGUAACUCCUGGGAGUUUGAAAGUGCUGUGCAAAAUGCUUUCUUUUCUGUUUUCGCUUCUUAUUUUUUCUUUCUUUUCCAAACCAACCCCCUUGUACUGAUUUCUUUUGUCAACAUUUUCACUAAGCUGAACUCAGAUACACUGUAAGUUAUUCAGAGACUCACCCAGUUUCCACUGUACCACCUCCAGUUUCGGAGUUCCUGGUUCAAUGUUCUAAAUUAGGGGGGAGGAAAAAACACAACCCACACCCAAAACCUCCACCACAACCACACUUUGAUCCCCAGUGUUUUUCCGUGUGGAGGUACGAGUCCUAAGUCAAAGGCAUUUUGAUAUUGCUGAUGUCAGACUGAUGAUCAAGUGCAUGUCUAUAGUAAAAAGUGAAAAACUGUGUUACAUACCCAAGCCGUAGCCAGUAAAAAGGCUGCACCAGGUGAUAAUCAAAUAUCAGCUGCAGUAUUGGCAUCUCCAGCAAAGCAAUCGUCCACACUGAUGGCAGUCAUUGGCUGGUACUAUUUUGUAAUUCUUGUCCAUUUGUAAAUUGUUUUUACUGUUUAUACAUACUUUUCAGACUGCCUUUCUUUUUGUAAUUUCUGGAAGGUUUAUAAAUGAAUGAUCAAAGCUUCCCCAUUGUGUCUUCAGAUAAUAAUGUAAAUUCCUGUAAGAUACCGUGUGCUAGAUUAUAACAGUUAAUUAAAGAAAAUAACUGGCCUAAAAUUUGUGGUAAAGUACUGUGUGGGUGUGUGCAUGUGUACAACUGUUGUGUAUUAUAUUUUAUAUAAAUAAAUCAUUUGAUAUUUUGUAGAGUGCA